AGAGAGAGAGAGACCUGUGAGUACAAGGAGACUUGUGAAAAGAGACUUAGAGUUGUUAGACCUCCAGGAUCCCGGUUGCAUAUCUGUAUCAUUAACAAAAGCAGCAGGAGCUGGAGGAGGUUGUGGAGCUUUGUGCGUGCUGAGCAGGACCCAGUGAUGAGACAGCCUCAACAACAACAACAGUGAGACCCUCAACACUCAUGCUUCCUCUCUCUCCUCCACGUCUACCUGUGAGUUACUGCUCUCCUCUGGAUUACUGCUUUUCCUUUUCCAUGCUGAAGGCACCUGUGGAGGAUUGAACCUGCAGGAAGGACCAACUUCUCCUACCAAGUUUUUAUUUUAUUUUAAUUUAAGCUGGUUUAGUUCAUCACCUCAUCGGUAUGAGAUUUUCUUCAGCUGGAAUAAUGCCUUGGUGCUGGAGUAGAAACUCCUGGUUUCCAGUGGUGCUGGGUGCUGCAUUAGUUGUGCUCACUGCUGGAAAUGCUGGACCGGACGAGGCAAGAAGGCAGGCUGGGUCGUCCUCGUGCUAUGGAGGCUUCGACCUCUACUUUGUUUUGGACAAAUCUGGGAGUGUGCAGAACCACUGGACAGAAAUCUACCACUUUGUUGAACAUCUAGCUCAUAAAUUCAUAAGUCCACAGUUGCGGAUGUCCUUCAUCGUGUUUUCCACUGACGGACAGAUUUUAAUGAGCCUGACAGAAGACAGGGAACGCAUUCGCAAAGGUCUGGAGGAGCUGCAGGGGGUCCUUCCAGGGGGAGACACCUUCAUGCAUGAGGGCAUCUUGAGGGCCAGUGAGCAGAUAUACUAUGGAAACACUGAAGGUUAUCGCACUGCCAGCGUUGUCAUCGCUCUGACAGACGGAGAGCUGCACGAGGAUCUUUUCUAUUACGCUGAGAGAGAGGCCAACCGUUCCCGAAGUCUGGGGGCCUCAGUUUACUGCGUGGGGGUGAAGGACUUCAAUGAGACACAGCUGGCAAAGAUUGCUGAUAGUAAGGACCAUGUCUUUCCUGUAAAUGACGGAUUCGAGGCUUUGCAAGGGGUCAUUGAUUCGAUCCUGAAGAAGUCAUGUAUUGAGAUUCUGGCAGCAGAGCCCUCUAGCAUCUGUGCAGGAGAGACCUUCCAGGUGGUGGUGAGAGGAAAUGGAUUCCUCCACGCCCGAAAUGUUGAUAAAGUCCUGUGCAGCUUCCGAAUCAACGACACCCUCACCAAAAUGGUGAAGCCUUUGAUUGUGGAAGACACAUAUCUUCUCUGCCCUGCACCAGUGCUUCAAGAUGAGGGGAUGGUAGCAAAUCUUUACGUCAGUAUGAACGAGGGUCUCAGUUUCAUCUCCAGCUCAGUCACAAUAACCACUGUGGGAUGUUCUGAUGGGACCAUCCUGGCCAUCGCCCUGCUCAUCCUGAUGCUGCUCCUGAUCUUGGCUCUUCUCUGGUGGUUCUGGCCUCUUUGCUGCACUGUGAUCAUCCACGAACCCCCACCUCCACUUGAAGAGGAGAGUUCGGAUGAUGAGGACUCUGAUACCCCCAAGAAGAAGUGGCCGACUGUGGAUGCUUCCUACUACGGAGGAAGAGGAGUAGGUGGGAUCAAAAGGAUGGAGGUACGCUGGGGUGAGAAAGGCUCCACAGAAGAAGGAGCAAAGCUGGAAAAGGCCAAAAAUGCCAAAGUGAAGAUGCCCGAGCAGGAGUACGAGCUGCCCUCCACACGGAUUCUCAACAAUGGCAUGCAUAAACCCCCGGGGCCACGCAAGUGGUACUCGCCAAUCAAGAGCAAACUGGAUGCAUUGUGGGUACUUUUGAGGAAAGGCUACGACCGUGUGUCAGUAAUGAGGCCUCAUCCAGGUGACAAGGGCAAAUGCAUGAACUUCACCCGCAUGAAGUCUCCCCCUCCUCGCUACAGCCACCACUCAUCUCCCAUCUACAACCCCCCGAGCCAGAGUCCACCGCCGCCGCAGGGCACCCUCCCACCGACCCCCAGCAGCCCUCCAUCAUCUCCGUCUUUCUCCUCCUGCACCCUUAUAUCCUUGCCUCCAACACCUCCUCCCACCUCCCCCAACCCCUCUCCUCCUAUCACUCCUCCCCCCUACACGCCACCUCCCAACCGGGCUCUUCCUCCGACCAACAUGCCCACACCAGCGCCGUCUGCGGCCUCAACGACCCCGGCCUCAACGACCCCUUCACCUCCUGCCUCCCCAACGGGCUCCUUGCCUCCUCCUCCACAGGGACCUCCUCCUGGUCGAGCCCCUCCCCCUGCACGCCGUCCGCCGCGCCCUGGGCAGUAAAGCUCCAGCAUGGGAUGGGAGAGAAUCCCACAAGUUUGAAAAAGGCAACACAGAGUCCCACCAGCAAUCAGCACAUGACCAUCAUUGAUUACCUGGAGGCCAGGACAUGUGGACACUUGUGCCACGCUCAGCGGACUGUGGCCUUUCUGCCUUGUGAAGAGGAGCAGCGAGGACUUUUUUUCUGCUAUUUGUCUACAGUGAAUGUUGUACACAUCUAGCACAACAGUGCAAUUGCUCUGAUGCUUGAAUUACAGAGACGUUCCCUAUGAAUGAGGUCAUGCGGGCCGGCUGAAAAACAUUUGCCUCCAUGGCCCUGUGGGCUGUUCAGGCCCUGAUGCCUUCACCAUGAGCUCACAAGAUUGGAUGAAUCCAAAUCAGCUGCUCAACAAGGAGCAAAGUUGUUUUCAAAAUGAUCAUGACACUAAAAUAUGUGUAACGUUUCCAUCUUUUCUAAUAAGAGAUAAGAGGAAUCUGAAAGUCCCUGUUUUUCUGUUUUAGAAGGUUGAGCAACUGCAUGCCAUCGUGUUUGAGUCAGUAUGUUUGUUCUUUGAUAACAUUUCUGCCUAGUUUUAUACAUCAUAUAAAGAUCUUUAGUUUGACUUUUUUUAAGUAAAUAGACCAACUUUUUCAAGUUUAAAUUUUUGAUGUUGGAGAAACAAUCCUUGCUUUUAAGUAAACAUAUUGAAACGUAACUGAUCUGAGCUCCUUGCAACAUUUGACUUCCAUAACCUAAUAAACCAGCCUAAUGUGCACAUAGGAGUAAACAAUAAAUUGGGAUUCAGAUACUUACACCUUACAACUAUACAGGUGCGUCUCAAAAUAUUACAAUAUUUAAUUUUGAGUUUGAGUAAAUUACCAUAAAUACUGUGUAUCUCUUGGUCAGUGGUCCAAAGUCCUGUUUUCAGAUGCCACGCCACAUUGAUGCAAUAACUCUUGAUAAAGGAGGCCCUGCCAAGUAUUGGCUGAAUUUAAAUCCUUUAUUGAUUGAUCUUAGGAAAUACUCAAAUACUUUGAGCUGUUAGACGUAAUCAUCCAAAUUAAAACAAGCUGGAAAUAUUUUCAAUUUCAAUAUUUCACUUUACGUGUAAUGAAUCCAGAAUAUAUUAAAGUUUCCCUUAAAAAAAUUACUUUUCCACUAUAUACUAAUUGUUUGAGAUGCACCUGUAUAACUGAUAUGACCACAAUCACAGCUAUAGUUAGCAGCGUAUAUGCUCUGUCGAUCAAGAUGUGGACAAAAUCGUGUCAGAAUCAGGGAAAAACUUUGCACAUUGUUUUGCUCAUCCAGCCACAGACUCUUACGAAAGCUGGUUUUUAUGUAAAUAAUAAUUUUGAUACAAUAA